ACCCCCGCCAUAGGGACCGGCCCAUCGAAGCUACCCACCUUCCCAAGAGAGGCACGAGCUCCUUAAAUCGGGGCGUCUUGAGAUGUUGUAUGGGGAGACAAAAGUGCUGUCCUGGUGUAUAUAGAUGCUGCGGCUCCUGCGUGGUGAUAGAUCAUCCAGGUCUAGCAAGCCACUUCUAUCCUCCAACACCAACUCAUCCAAAGAGAGGCUGAGACACCAUGGGUUUCAAAUGGCGGAAGAACGCCAUCGAGGGCUCCGAGGAGCCUUCGGUGGUGGCGUCUGGCGUUGACGUCGUCUCGAGCAACCCCGAGGGAGACCUGAAGCAGUUCAAGAAGCUGCACAAGUGGGAUCCCUUCCUGGAAGUCGAGAGGCUCGACGAUGUCGACCGCGUCUUGGAGACGGGCGAUCUGGAGAAGGAGGCCGCCGUCGAGGCCACUCUCCUCUCCGAGGACUCUCCAUACCCCGAGGUCCGCGCGUCGGUUCCUCCCACCGACGAUCCGGAAAUGCCCAUCAACACUAUCCGCGCCUGGACUAUCGGCGCGUUGAUGUGCACCAUCAUCGCGGCUUGCAACAUCCUUCUGGGCCUGCGCUACUCGCCCAUUACCAUUACGUCCACCGUUGUGCAGUUGGCCUCUUACCCUCUCGGUGUGGGUUGGGCCAAGGUUAUGCCCGACUAUCGCUUCAAGCUCUUUGGCAAUGAGAUGUCCCUCAACCCUGGUCCCUUCAAUGUCAAGGAACACACCAUCAUCACCAUGAUGACGGCAGCUGGAUCGGCCUCGAGUUACGCCAUUGAUAUUCUUCUCGCCCAGGAGCUGUUCUACAACCAAUUCUUCAGCUGGGGUUUCCAAAUCAUGCUCAUCGUCUCCACGCAGGCGAUGGGUUUCGGUGUUGCCGGUAUUUUACGUCGCUUCUUGAUCUGGCCCGCAGCUAUGAUCUGGCCCGCGACUCUAGUUACGACAGCCGUCAUGACCUCGCUCCACGACCACUCCGCCUCCGAUCCCUCCCAGACCAACGGCUGGAAGAUUGGCCGCUACAUGUUCUUCCUCGUCGUGGCCUGCUCCACCUUUGCCUACGAGUGGUUGCCCACCGUCAUCGCUCCGUUCCUGAGCAUGUUCACCUUCAUUACGUGGAUCGCGCCCCAGAAUGUCCUCGUCAACCAGAUCUUUGGCGGACAGACCGGAUUGGGCAUAAUUCCCCUCUCGUUCGACUGGAGCACCGUCAGCGCUUACUUGCUGAGCCCUCUUCAAACUCCGGCCUUUGCCAUCUUGAACGUGGCCGCCGGUGUUACCAUCAUGGUUAUCGGAUGUGCUGGUCUUGCCUGGGCCGGCCCCGAGUUCUACCGUUAUCUCCCCAUCAGUGCCAACGCCAACUUCGACCACUUCGGUCAGCGAUACAACACCAGCCGGAUUCUCACCGACGAGUACACCUUCAACGAGACGGCUUACAAGGAAUACUCUCCCCUGAUGCUUGGCUCGGCCUUUUCCCUGACCUACGGCAUGGGAUUCGCCACCCUAAUGUCCACUCUUGUGCACGUCGCUCUGUUCUACGGAAAAGACAUCAUCGCUCGCACGCGUGAUGCUCAGCAUCAGGAGGCCGAUGUGCACCUGAAGCUCAUGCGCAAGUACAAGGAGGCCCCUGAGUGGUGGUUCGCCGCCAUCUUUGCCGUCAGCUGUGCCUUUGGUAUGAUUGCGAGCCAGGUUUGGGAUACCCAUCUGACCUGGUGGGCGUACAUCAUCUGCAUUUUGAUCGGUGUCUUCUUCAUCCUCCCCGUCGGUAUCAUCCAGGCCAUCACCAACCAGCAGACCGGUCUCAACGUCAUCACUGAGAUGAUUGUCGGUUACAUGACUCCCGGCCGACCCAUUGCCAUGAUGCUGUUCAAGAGCUGGGGCUACAUGCUCUGCUACAACGGUCUCCAGUACAUCUCCGAUAUGAAAGUCGGCCACUACAUGAAGAUUCCCCCUCGCACCAUGUUUGCCGCCCAGGCCUUUGCCGUCAUCUGGCUGUCCAUCGUACAGAUUGCCACCUACAACUUCCUGCGAGGAAACAUUGAGGGUAUUUGCACCACAGACCAGGCUCAGGGUCUUACCUGCCCCAUGGCUCGCACCUUUUUCAACGCCAGUGUCAUCUGGGGUGUCAUCGGACCCCGCAGAAUGUUCGGAGCUGGAGCAAUCUACUCAUGGGUCAACUACUUCUGGCUCAUCGGUGCCGCUCUCCCUGUUAUCCAGUACUUCCUCGCCCGCAGAUAUCCCCGCAGCUUCUUGCGCUACGUCUUUUUCCCGGCCAUCUUCGGUGGUGCCGGCAUGAUUCCUCCGGCCACCACCUGGUGGAUUGGCCAGUGGGUGGUUGUUGGUCUCAUCUUCAACUGGUUCAUCAAGCGCAAGUUCUUUGGCUGGUGGAUUCGCUACAACUACGUGCUCUCUGGUGCCCUCGACGUUGGCACGGCGCUAUGCAUUGUCAUUUCUGCUCUCGCUCUUGGCCUGUCCAAUACUAAUUUCCCUGACUGGUGGGGUACCACGGUGUUCAACAACAACCUCGAUGCUGAUGGAGCCGUGACCAAGGUUCUGCCCGACGAUGGGUCCUUCUUUGGACCAACGUCGUGGUAA